UCAUCAGUGAAUUCGUGGUGACUAUAGAGAAGGAAGCCGUGCGUGUGGCUGCCCACCGCAUCCAAGCAGCCGAACGAAGCUUAAGAGGUCCGUCUUGUGGGUACUCAGAUGACAAAUCGAACUUUGUGAGGCUGCCAUGGCUACGUUACCACGUUGAGCAUCAUACAUCAUCUUAGGUGUAUAUAUACUGAGAAUGACCACCUUGUAGCUUGAGUAUACCGAGUCACAUCUCCCAUCAACUUCUACCUCUAUCUAGUCUCGUAAUCAUCCAAUAACAUGCCUACCCAAAAAGCCAUCAUCUGCAAGUCAAAAGGCAUCUCGGAGCUCAGUAAUGAUGCUUCCCUCCCUACCCUCCCGGCGGACAACUGGAUCCUUGUCAAGACCAAAGCCGUAGCAUUGAACCCUUCGGACUGGAAACACGUUGCCAACUGGCCAUCCCCGGGCAUGACUGGCGGUCUGGACUAUGCGGGUGUAGUCGAGGAAGUCGGCAAAGACGUGACGGAGCUCAAAGCGGGUGACCGAGUCGCAGGCUUUGUUCGAGGCAAUGACCCAGAAGACCACCAAAACGGCGCCUUUGCCGAACACAUCAAAGCCAAGGUCGGCAUCCACAUGAAAAUCCCAGAUGACAUGUCUUUUGAAGACGCUGCAACACUGCCCGUGGCCAUCACUACCGUAGGCCAGGCUCUGUUUCAGUCCCUCGGCCUGCCUCUUCCUCCCGCCAAGGUCAAGGAGCCAACUCCAAUCUUGAUCUACGGCGCGUCCACCGCAACGGGGACUGUAGCCGUGCAGUACGCAAAGCUUGCUGGAUGUGAAGUCCUCACCACGUCUUCGCCGCACAACUUCGAUCUUCUCCGCAAGCUCGGCGCCGACCAAGUGUUCGACUACAAAGACGCUGAAGUCGGUGCCAAGAUCCGCGCAGCGACCGACGACAAGUUGCAUCUAGUGCUAGACUGCAUUUCUCAAAGCAGCUCAUUCGCUAUCUGCGCGGCCGCAGUCAGCUCCCGGGGCGGCCAUGUGUCUGCGCUUUUGGGUGCCAAGGGCUUCCCGAGGGACGACGUGCGGGCCAAUGCCACAUUGGGCUACACUGCGUUAGGCGAAAAGUACAGUAACAUGUUCCCGGCGAAUCAGGCGGACUACGAGUUUGGUUGCAGGUUUUGGAAGUUAGCUGAAUCUCUUGUCAGCAGUGGGAAGAUCAAACCGCAUCCUAAAGAAGUGCGCCGCGGUCUGGAUGGUAUCCCGCAAGGGCUGAAGGAUUUAGAGGAUGGGAAAGUGUCGGGUGUGAAGUUGGUCUACACGGUGGAUUAA